AUGAAUGAUCUAGAUUCUUCCGUUUUAUUAUAUGAUUCUAGCUAUAAUUCAACAGCAGAGUCAAAAGAUCAAUGGUAUGAAACAUUUCCAUUCAUUUCAACAAUAUUUGGAGCAACAUUUUCACUCAUUUUAAUCGUUGUUUUCUUUACAUCAGCAAAACCAUGGAACACCACUACUAUAUUGUAUAUGAAUGAUAUUCACCUCGAUUGGCUUUAUUCAGACACCGGUAGUUACAAAGAAAAAGUUUGCCAUACUUCUGGAAUUUCGAAUAUUUCAAGGCCUUUCGGAAUAUACGGAUGUGAUGCACCUGCCGAACUAUUUCAUUCUACAGUAAAAGCAAUGAAAGAAAACUUCGCGAAUGCAGAUAUGAUUAUUUUAGGCGGAGAUUACGUUACUUACACAAUAGACGCAGAUGUAUUCGAAGUGAAAAACACUACAAAGUACAUUUAUGAUUAUGUUAGAAAGGAAUUUCCAGAUACUCCUAUAUAUUCUUUGCUUGGAAAUGCGGAAUACGCUCCAGACUACGGAUAUUACCAUAACUCAACACUAUUAUACAAGGAAUAUGCAAAUAUAUUACAUAUACCUAAAGAUCAAAUCAAAAGCUACAAUAAAUGCGCAAAUUAUUACAUUGAUUUGCCAAAACAAAAUCAAAGACUUAUUUUUGUUAACACAGUUAUUUACAACAAGUGGCAUAAUUACACAAAUCCUGAUACAGGCGAAACAAUUCAUCCGGAAGAUCCAUGUGACCAAUUUUCUUGGGCGGAAAAGAUUUUAGAAGAUGGAGAAAAGAAAGGCCUCAAGAAUGCUUUGAUUAUGCAUGUUCCUUCUGCUAUUUCGUUUUAUGAUUACAAUGAAAAUUGGAAUUUGGAUUAUGCUGACAAAUUCUUUAAUAUAAUUAAGAAGCGUCCACCAGCAUUCAUGCUUUGCGGACAUACACACGUUGAUUUGAUGCUUCCUAUGUUUAAUAAGCAAAAUAAUACAGAUUUCAUUUCUUUGUCAUCAGUUUCAAUAUCACCACAGCACUACAAUAAUCCAGGAUUCAGAGUUUACGAGAUUUCCAAAGGAAAAUUGGUUGAUUAUACCCAAUAUGUUGCAGAUAUCAGUUAUCCUGUCAAAGAAUUGAAGUGGUACCCAGAAUAUACAUUUUCUGAUGUUUACAAGACAAAUGAUAUGAGUUUAACUUCGAUUUUGAACGCAAUUAAGUAUAUCCGCUCGAAUCCUUAUGUUUUAGGCAUGUAUUCCGAAUAUAAACAAGGCCAAGGAAGUAGCGAGAAGCCAUUCUUUAAUUGUUUGCUUUCCUGCUCAACAUCAAAUCAGGUUCGACAAUGUGUCGAUUCUACUGGUGUUAGAAAUGCAAGGGAAGCACUAAAUACUCUAUAUUCUUUCAUUGAUAGAUAUUAA